AGUUAAUGGAUCGACGUUCAAGUGCCACACUCAUUAAAUAAAAGUACUUUGUUUGUGAUAGAGAAUCUAUCUAAGAUCCAUUCGCAAACAGUAUUGAUCAAUAUUUUAAGAGGAGCAAAAAAAGAAUUUAUGGUUUUGCCUUUGCUAGUACUUAUUUUCAUUUUAAUUCAGGUCUAUUUUUCCUCCUCCUUUUGAUUCCAUCAAUCAUCCUAUAGCAGGAUUUGUUAGAACUUAUUGUUUAACCCUCAGAAGGAGUAAAAUUUAUUGUUAAAAAAACUCUGGACUCUCCAAUUACUGUGGAAAUUGUCUCUGCUAAUUCUUACUCUCUAUCAGAUAUACAACUUUAUUUAGAUGGCCAUAUAAUUGAACACUUUACAAUUAUGUAAGAAUUGAUAUCGAAUUCUACUCAUACAAUAACAAGCAAUUAAUCCUUUUAAUUUAGUAUUAAUUUAAUGAUCGUAGCAGUUAGAUUAAUGUCAUAGUUUACCUAUAUUCCUGCAUCAUACCUUAUUGUUUAAAUAGUUAUGCUAGUUCUCUCUUUCCUCUAUUUAAUUUAAGAAAUUAUAAGAAAAAAGAAAUUUUGA